UCCGGCUGAGUCCGAGUUCUGGAUGAUGGAGCCGGUGUUUCACGAGCGGCAGCGGCUUGAGCUGUGUGCGGUCCACGCACUGAACAACCUGCUUCAGAAGCCCGAAAUUACCCAGCAGCGAGCGGAGGAGAUCUGCCGAGGGUUGUCGCCAAACACCAUGAUUAACCCUCACCGCAGUCUUCUGGGAACCGGAAACUAUGAUGUCAAUGUUAUCAUGGUAGCUCUUCAGACUUUAGACUAUGCGGCUGUGUGGUGGGACAAAAGAAAGUCUCUGGAAAGCUUAGUCCUGAGUGAGAUCUUUGGAUUCAUCUUAAACAUCCCGUCGCCCAUCUCCCUGGGUUUCCUCUCUCUCCCGAUCACGCGCAAACACUGGAUCACAGUGCGGCAAAUUAAUGGAGUUUAUUAUAAUCUGGACUCCAAGCUGAAAGCCCCUGCCAAACUUGGAGGUCCCACAGAGCUCAAACAGUUCCUGCAGGACUGCAUCUCCAGAGGCUCAUGUGAAGUUCUGUUGGUUGUUCGGAAGGACGUUGAGGAGGCAAGACUUUGGAUAAAUGCUGAAGAACGUGCCUCCUGAAAAUGGAGUUUUGCGGAGAACAUUGACAUCUGUGUACGCCUCGGCUCAGCUGUGCUGAGCUCCUCACCCAAAGAUUUCUUAAGUUAUUUUACGGGCUUGUUCCCUUAACUCUAUUUAUUGGAGCUCUUGCUCUGCUGAUGCUACAAGUCGACCUUGUAACUGCAAGUACGAGACAAGUUUAUUAUGAAACGGCACAUGUAAAACUGUUCAUUUAAACUAUUGCACUGAUAUCCGUUUCCAAUGAUGCCUUAACAACCCUCGCUUUUCUGCAAUCCUAUUAAAAAUUUCUUCCUUUUUUAAUGAAAAACAC